UUUAACAUUUGGAAUUUGACACUGAAGGCAGUAUAAAUGCAAAAAAUGGAAUACCAAAAAGAAAUUAUUUUAAGAGAAAUCUUGGACGUCACCACCAAAUUUAUUGAACAAGAUAGCGAUGACGAAAUUGUUUAUGGCUUACAUGAUUUGUGCGAAAAAGCUGCUGCACUACCGGGAAGAAUACGAAAACGUAUGUGGGUAAAGGAGUGGAGAGCUGAGAAGAAUAAUCGAGGCUCUUUUGUGUUCCUAACCAAGGAACUUCUCACUUCAGAUUCUGGGGGUUUCAAAAGUCAAUUUGACAUUUUAUUAGAUCUGGUUAAACCAGAAAUCGAGCGGCGUAGUUCGCUGAGAAGAGAAACUAUUUCUGCAGCGGAGAAGUUUGGCCGUGACGUUGAGAUUUCUUGCCACUGGUGAAACGUUUAUAAGUUACCAAACACGUUUGUCAACGUCCUUUAUUAGCGAGACCAUACCCGAAGUGUGCAAAAUAUUAUUUGAAAAAUUGAAAGUGCUACACCUGCUUGUACGUAAAUUUGUUAGUCUUUCCUAAACAUAAAUUGUAUAAGUUUAUUAUUUAAAGAUGCCAAGCAACUUUGCGGAAUGGGAAGCUAUAGCGAAAGAAUUCGCCAUAAAGUGGCAAUUUCCAAAUUGUUUAGGCGCAUUGGACGGCAAGCACAUCAACUUUCGGCCGCUGCGGAAGGACGGUGCAUUUUAUCGUAACUACAAGGGCACUUAUAGUGUAAUUCUAUUGGCCUUAGUUGAUGCCAAUUGCCGUUUUGUAUUUGUGGAUGUAGGGACUAAUGGGCGUGCGAAUGAUGCUGGUGUGCUACAACAGAAUCGCCUUAAAGAAAUUUUAGAAAAAGAACAUUUGCCAAAAAGCUCUUUAAUUGGAAGGGGACGGAAUGUUCCCUAUGUUGUUGUAGGGGACGACGCUUUUCCGCUACAAAAGCACAUAAUGAAGCCAUAUCCGUAUCACACGAAAAAUAAAAAGAAACAAAUAUUUAAUUUACGGCUCUCUCGAGCUAGGCAUGUUGUUGAGCAUGCGUUUGGAAUCCUAAGCAAUAGAUUUCGAGUUUUUUUAACCACAAUGAACCUAAAAGUUGACACCGUAGAAAAAGUCACAUUGGCUUGUAUCGCAAUUCAUAAUUUUCUUUUACAAACCGAUAAUACAUAUAUCAACACGCCCCUAGAAACUGCAAGUAUUAGCAAUACCCAGAAGUUUAUACAGAUGUACCAUAUAAUCCACGAAAAGGCGAAGCUGAACUCAUAAGGCAAGAGUUCACAGAAUAUUUUAACGAAGAAGGCAAAUUAUAAAUUAAAAAGUAUAAUUUAUAAGCUCAUAUUAAUAUGUUGUUCCUACCCUAUAAUACAAAUAUUAUUUAAA